AGUGGGUGUGGAUCUGAUGUUGGACCUCAGAGGAAAGUGGGUGUGGAUCUGAUGUUGGACCUCAGAGGAAAGUGGGUGUGGAUCUGAUGUUGGACCUCAGAGGAAAGUGGGUGUGGAUCUGAUGCUCAGCAGCUUCUGUGUCUCCUCUUCGUCCUCACGUGGACGUGUUUCGGGAGCGUGCGGGUAGCAGCGUUUGGUUACUCGUCUCCAUAAGUGCGUGUCAGGCUGAUGCGAAUCAGUCCGAGGAGGAAAAGGUGGAUCCUCCAGCCGACACGUCUCCUCCUCAGCUGCGUGUGCGUGACAACAACACUCCCGUCCCCGCCUCGCCUCUGCGCACAUGCACUUGUGCGUCCGGGAGAACCCGCCGACAGGAUGAAUGGAUACGGCUCUCCGUACCUGUACAUGGGGGCUCCGGUGUCCCAGCCCCGGGCCCCGCUGCAGAGGACCCCCAAGUGCGCCCGGUGCCGGAACCACGGGGUCCUGUCCUGGCUCAAGGGCCACAAGCGCUACUGCCGCUUCAAGGACUGCACCUGCGAGAAGUGCAUCCUCAUCAUCGAGCGCCAGCGCGUCAUGGCGGCGCAGGUGGCGCUGCGCCGGCAGCAGGCCAACGAGAGCCUGGAGAGCCUCAUCCCGGAGUCCCUCAGGGUGCUGCCCGGCAUCGGGCUGCCCGGGGCCGGCGAGGGGAGCCAGGGCACCCCGCAGAGCUCCGACGAGCUGGAGCUGAGGUGGAGCAGCUCGGAGCCGGUGCAGGCCGCAGCGCAGACAGAGACGGAGGACGGAGCUGAUGAUGCGUCAGGAGGAGAGAACUCCUCCAGUGAGAAGGAGCAGGAGCCGCUCAGCUCCCCGGAGGCCUCCAAACCAAACUCCUGCUACACCCCGGAGCCUCCGGAGACCCCCACCCAGCCGGAGGAGAGCCGCUACAGCCUCCCCAAGGCCGGCGCCGAGAAGGAGGCCAAGACCGAGAGCCCCCCCCACAAGUACCCGGUGGGCCCCGCGGAGCAGAGCGUCCUGAUCGAGGGCCUCGCGGGCUCCAUCAACCUGCCCUUCAGCCUCCGGGCCAACCGGCCCCCGCUGGACGUCCUCAAGAAGAUCUUCCCGGCUCACAAGCCCCCGGUGCUGGAGCUCAUCCUCCGGGGCUGCGGGGGGGACCUGGUGGGGGCCAUCGAGGUGCUGCUGUCCAGCCGGAGUCCGGACGCGCACACGCACGCUGACGAGCACCUGGUGCUGCCCUCAAACGGACACCUGUUCGAGCACGCGCUGGGCUCGUACCACCCGGUGUCCUCCUCCGCCAAGUGGUCGGUGGGCUCCGCGUUCCGCGUGCCCGAGUCCCUGCGGUUCACGACCGACCCCUCGGGUGUGGUGCCCGCGGGCCCGCUGGGUGUGCCCCUGCAGCACCCGUCCUUCCCGCAGCCCACGCGCUACCCGCUCAUGCUGCGCAACUCUCUGACGCGCAGCCAGGCGGGUCCGUUCGUGCACAACGACGUGACCCUGUGGAAUACCAUGGCCCUGCAGCAGCAGUACCAGCUCCGCUCGGCCGCGCAGUACGUGUCCCCCUUCUCCCCCGCAGCCCCCGCAGGACCCGGGGGCCCCGUGUUCCGCAGCGCCCCCAUCCUCCCGUCCAGGGCCCCCGAGGAGCCGCGCAUCAGCAUCCAGGAGGAGAGCUGCACGCUGGGGCCCAAAGCAGGCCUCUACUCCCCCGAGGAGGAGUACGAGGAGCGGUCUGACUCCGCGGACUCCCGCAUCCUCAGCUCCUCCACCUGAAGGAGACUCUGAGGAUGGACUGAAGCAGCAGGGGAGAACCAAAAUGUAUUAGUGUGUGCGUGUCUGAGUGCGUGCGUGCGUGUGUGUGUGUGUGUGUGUGUGAACAAUCACCCUCUUUAACCCCCUGACGUCACAUCACCCCCCUCAUCCUCUGGACCAGUCUAUGAGCUGGACUCGACCAAAAAUUUGGAUGAAUGUAAAAAAACACUGUGAUCGAACCAUUAUUUUGAAAACCCCGCCACGUGUUUCCUGUCAGCAUGUUUGUUACUGUGACGUAAAGAUGUAAAGAUCGUCAGUGCAUGUUGAGAUAAGCCAAAUAAACCCGAGGUGUCCGAACGGAUCCGAACCCUGUC